ACGGUUAUUUUUAAGCGUAGUGCUAUGUUUGCUAAUGCAUCAAACGUAAUUACAAUCAUGUUUCCUUUGAAUAAGCGUAAUUUGGAGAGCUAGUAUCACCACGCUUUCGUCUUGUUAGAGAGCGAGCCUGCACUGGUCACCAUCACUUCGGACACAGACAGACCGAAUAUGUCAGCUCAAAUCAUAAGCGGGAAAGAAGUUUCAGCGCAAGUGAGGGAGCAACUGAAGAAAGAUGUGGAGCAAAUGAAACUCAAAGAUCCCAACUUCAGGCCCGGCCUGGUUGUUUUACAGGUUGGAGGUCGUGAAGAUUCCAAUCUGUACAUCAGCAUGAAGCUGAAGGCAGCAGCAGAGAUUGGAAUAAAUGCAAUACAUCUGAAACUUCCAAAGACUGCAACUGAAGAAGAGGUCCUUCAUAGCAUCAGGGAAGUGAAUGAGAAUUCAUCAGUCCACGGUCUCAUAGUGCAGCUGCCUUUAGAUUCGAUCCACAAGAUCAACACAGAAAAGGUCACAAAUGCCGUUGCACCAGAGAAAGAUGUGGAUGGGCUGACCAGCAUAAACGCAGGGAAGCUUUCUCGUGGAGAUCUGGGCGACUGUUUCAUCCCUUGCACACCAAAUGGCUGCAUGGAGCUGAUCAGACAGACAGGUGUGUCUGUGGCAGGGAAAAGAGCUGUGGUGAUUGGUCGCAGUAAGAUUGUGGGUGCGCCCAUGCAUGAUCUGCUGCUGUGGAAUCAUGCUACCGUCACCACCUGUCACUCUAAGACUGCAGAUCUGGCCGGAGAGGUGGGUAAAGCAGACAUCCUGGUUGUUGGCAUGGGGAAAGCAGAGAUGGUGAAAGGAGAGUGGAUCAAGAAGGGAGCGGUGGUCAUCGACUGUGGGAUAAAUUAUGUUCCAGAUGAGACCAAGUCUAGUGGGAAGCGUGUGGUCGGCGAUGUACACUUUGCCUCAGCCAAAGAGCAGGCGGGCUUCAUCACCCCUGUGCCUGGAGGAGUGGGACCAAUGACUGUGGCCAUGCUGAUGGGGAAUACGGUGUUGAGUGCAAAGCGAUUCCUUGAGAGCCAUCAGGCUGGGAAGUGGGACAUUUCUUACACCAAGCUCAGCCUUCAAAAGCCUGUACCAAGUGACAUAGUGAUUUCUCGCUCCUGCAUUCCGAAGCCAAUUGAUCGUCUGGCCAGAGAGGUAGGCCUGCUUUCUGAUGAAGUGGAGUUUUACGGAAAAACUAAGGCCAAAGUCCAGCUGAGCAUUAUCAAACGACUGCAGUCCCAGCUGGAUGGGAAAUAUGUGGUGGUCACAGGUAUUACGCCCACCCCACUGGGUGAAGGUAAGAGCACCACAACAAUCGGCCUGGUUCAGGCCCUGGGAGCCCAGCUGAAGCUUAAUGUGUUUGCCUGUGUCCGCCAGCCUUCUCAGGGACCAACCUUUGGCAUUAAAGGUGGUGCUGCAGGUGGUGGAUAUUCUCAAGUCAUUCCGAUGGAGGAGUUUAACCUCCAUCUCACUGGAGACAUCCAUGCCAUCACAGCUGCCAACAACUUGGUAGCCGCUGCAGUCGAUGCACGCAUGUUUCAUGAGGCAACGCAGUCUGACAAGGCUCUAUAUAAUCGCUUGGUCCCACUCAGUGGAGGGCAGAGGACGUUCUCCCCAGUCCAGAUCAACAGACUGAAAAAAUUGGGUAUAGAGAAGACUGAUCCUUCAACUCUCACUGAUGAAGAGAUCACUCGCUUUGCACGCUUGGAUAUUGACCCAAGCUCUGUAACCUGGCAAAGAGUGUUGGACACAAAUGAUCGGUUCCUGAGGAAGAUCACCAUUGGCCAGUCGCCAACCGAAAAGGGUUACACAAGAGAGGCUCAGUUUGACAUCACAGUUGCGAGUGAGAUAAUGGCGGUCCUCGCCCUCACCAGCAGCCUGGAGGACAUGCGACAGCGCCUGGCCAAGAUGGUCGUAGCCACCAGCCGCAGAGGAGAUCCGGUCACCACCGAGGAUCUGGGAGUCAGUGGAGCUCUCACUGUGCUGAUGAAAGAUGCCAUCAAACCAAACCUGAUGCAGACACUGGAGGGAACGCCUGUUUUUGUGCAUGCUGGCCCAUUUGCCAACAUCGCCCAUGGAAACUCAUCCAUCCUGGCUGAUAAAAUUGCUCUGAAGCUGGUUGGACCUGAGGGCUUUGUUGUGACAGAGGCUGGUUUUGGUGCUGAUAUUGGCAUGGAGAAGUUCUUUAACAUCAAGUGCCGCUACUCGGGCCUGAGGCCCCAUGUGGUAGUACUGGUGGCCACGGUCCGAGCCCUGAAGAUGCACGGAGGAGGACCAACAGUUACAGCUGGGAUGCCACUGCCAAAGGAAUACGUGGAGGAGAACCUUGAACUUCUGAAGAAUGGCUGCAGCAACAUGAGGAAACAAAUAGAAAAUGCCAAACAUUUUGGCGUGCCGGUUGUGGUGGCUGUCAAUGGUUUCAAGACAGACACUCAGGCUGAGCUCGACUUGGUCUGUAGCAUGGCCAAAGCUGCUGGAGCCUUCGAUGCUGUGCGCUGCUCCCACUGGGCUGAAGGUGGCGCUGGUGCUGUGGCCCUAGGACAGGCUGUUCAGAGGGCCAGCGAGGCUCCCAGCAACUUCAAGUUCCUCUAUGAUUUGGAUCUCCCAAUUAGUGAAAAGAUUCGAAUAAUUGCUCAGAAGAUCUACGGAGCAGAUGACAUUGAACUUCUCCCGGAGGCCCAACACAAGGUGGAGCUCUACACCAAGCAGGGCUUUGGAAAUCUUCCCAUUUGCAUGGCCAAGACACACCUGUCCCUCUCUCACGAGGCUGAGAAGAAGGGCGUGCCGAAAGGUUUCGUCCUGCCCAUUCGAGACAUCCGAGCGAGCGUUGGCGCAGGCUUUCUUUUCCCAUUGGUUGGCACGAUGCCUACAAUCCCAGGUCUGCCCACCCGGCCUUGUUUCUAUGAUAUUGACUUGGACCCUGAGACCGAACAGGUCAAUGGACUUUUCUGAAGAAAAUCCAUCCUCUCUAUAUGACUGAGAGCCCAUAGAAACACCCAUCAAACCCCACAGAGCCUUAAUAAACACUGGACGAGUUCUAACCUGAGGCGCCUCAAGCUGCUUCCAUCCUGUCGUGUGAUUGAGCGUCUUUUUCCUGGAAGAUGCUUACAUGAAUUGCCGAUUCAAGGAAUAUCAUUUCAGAACGAUUUUUUCUGCAAUUACAAAACAGUAAUUUCAGAGCAACUAGUACCUGGUCUGUGAUGGACCUUUUUGCUGGAACAAAUAAUCAUAUGGACAUUUUUCAUUAGAUUAUUUUUGCCUAAUCUAACACAUUUCAUAUCUUAGAACUCCUAAAUCAAGAAACACAACCUUUCAAUCCUUACAUUAGCUCUCUGUUUAUAUUUGUUAACACUACAUCGAAGGCGAGUUCUCUAGUUUCUUUUUAUUAAAGAGUAAUUGUCUCUUUUUUAAAAAAAAUAUACUGUACUUGCCAUUUAAAUCCUAAAUGUAAAUGUGAAACUGUCUUUAAAGACUUUAUGUCUAGUAAAUUUGUUGAUAUGAGCAAAUUGGUUUUUUGUUGGCUGUAAAUUUUUUCACUAAGCUGACUAUCAGUUUGUAUUUGAUACUGUUAUUUAAUUUUUUUUUAUUAAGCUGGGGAUGCAUUUACUAAACCCUCUGAUAAUAGUAGCAAAUACAAUACAAUUUUAUUAUGUAUUUAUUACAAUAUAUAACAAUAGGCUGGUAUCACGUGACACUGAUUCAUUGGCAUUUUCAUUCAUUUGAGACUGCUGCCAUGUUUCCUGUAGGUAUUCAGUACAAUACAAUUUAAAAAAAGAAAAUAUUACUUUUUAUGAGUGUUUUACAAACGUUAUCAUUCCCUACCAGAACAAAACUUUGGAUACACCUGUCAUUGCCUCGAGGCGUUCAUACGAAACAAACGUAGGUCUGAAAAGUGACCGUCAGGUGAUGUAGCUAGUACAGAUAAAUCUAUCUCUGACAGACAAUGGGAACUCCUUCCUGACACACCCAAUACUGUGCAGCCUUAAUUUCCAGAACUGCAUGCGAGUUAACAGAAAAAAAGAGAACUCGCACGCAGCGCUUCAACCCAUUCCACACUUGCAAAGGCGUUACAAAAUGCCUUUGCAAGUCAUUCCAGUCCAAAUAUGAAGAUACAGUCAAGCAAAGAUAAUUAGUAGCCAACAGUUGCCUUAUUUUUCACACAUGCACAAACUUGAUUCCGCUGCUGACAUCAUUGUUAUUGUUCAACUUCUAGUUUUGUGGGUGGUGCUCUUUGAUGAAAAGGAGCUACAGCAUUAGAAAACAGGUUUGAUUGCACAAGUUAUGAUUGUAAUUUUGAGUGAGAUGCGGUUUUCUGUGCCAUGUAAAGAAUUUGUUACAUUUCUCAUUUGAAUUUAGAGAUAAAAACCGUUGACAUUGUGACUCAUGCAUAUAUUGUAGCUGUGGGGAUAGGUUUACUCUCUUCACCUCUCUUCAGGUGAACAUCAACAAGUCUUUUGCAGCCAGAACUUGUCUUGCUGAAGAACAGAAUGUCCACAGCAGGACGGUGCCACAUCCAGGUUUCAUAUUUGAAUGAUGGAUAGAUUCUCCAUAGAUCCGGUUGGAAAACUGCAAGCAGGAUUUUGUAUGAAUUUCUUUAAGAACUAGUUUUUGCCUUUGUUGUUAAUUGUGAUUAUUAUCCACUUGCAGUUAAAAACAUAACUGGGAUUACAAUAUUGCAUCAGACCAAUAAAAAGCAUGGAGAUGUGGGUUUAAUGAAAACUACCUGCUUAAACAUUGUUAAUUUCUAAAAGUGCUUUUAAUCUGACCAACUAGGAGGCAUAUUCUAAUUUAUUUAAUGUGUCUGAACAGCCCUGAUAAAAGUAUUGAAGUUUACUUGCAUGACAACUUCUAAAAAAAUGUAAGGGAUAUGAAUAUUUUUGCUGUAGACAAAACCACACAUUUGAGUUAAAUUCCGGAAGCAGAUAUGUCUGGCUUGCAAACCUGUCCAAGAUGAAAACUAAUCAGUUCCCUCAUUGUAGGUUUGGUUAUUAUUAUUAUUACCAUUAUCACACAGCUUUUCUUGUUUUCUACUCAUUCAUAAACAAAAAAACACCAGAUGCAUACAAAUAGUCACACUUUUUUUCACAGAAUUAUCUUUUCUUGUUUUUCUUACAUUGACAUUAGUGAUUACAUCUUUUGCCUAGAGAAUAUUUUUCAUAUGUAAGCUUUAUUUUAGUUUCAUU